CAUCGGCCGUCCGACCAAUACGUUCGACCUUCUACGCUUGCCUAUUGAUUUCGUGUUUGUUGCACCAUACUGCCUUCGAGAGUAUCGUUCAGCUUGUUUCGACGGGUGAAUUGAGCCGACACCGUAGACUCCGCUUUUCGCGCCCGUUGCUUUCCCCACGGAAGACAACACACUCCCCGUGUUUCUAAGGGCGGAAAGUAGAGCGUCGCGUGACCGUAUGAGAGAUUGGAGCUGUUGAGGCUGUCUAUUGAGAGGACUGCAAGGACAGUCCGAGGACUCGUCGUCUGGGCACGUUGGUCGGGCGUGCUACAGACCAGCUGCCAUGAGGCACGUCGGCGUGGGAUGGAUACCUCUCUCCUUCGGCGUCAUGUUGUCCGGGAGUUGCCUUCUGACCUUCGUCUGGGCGAUGCUGCGUGGUGAUGUCACACCUUACGUGCCCUUUGUCAGUGAAGCUGGGGCGGAUCCUCCACAGAGCGGUUUUUUCUCCUUAUGCCUCUUCAUCUCGGUCACGCUCGGUCUCAUGAGUGUCCUGGUGAGGUUCCAGACUGUCCAGGCCUUGAACGCCGCCUACAGCAAGCGGCUGGAUGCUCUCAACGGCGCUUCGGCACUCACCGCUGUCGUCUCCUGUCUCGGCAUGGCGUCCGUGGCGGCUUUUCCUUUGGGCACCGUCCCAACCGCGCAUGCUGUGUCAGCUAAUGUGCUCUUCUUUGGGAUGUUCGGCUAUCAGGUGAUGCAAACGGUGAUCACAUUUUGGAUGUUUCCCUCCUUCAAUGGAAGGCGAAUUUUUUUCGUGCGAUUGACAAUCACGAUCUUGUCUGGUCUUGCUGUUCUGAUCAUGGCUAUUCUUUCUCCCAUCGGAAAACAACAGUGGUACAGCCAGAAUUACACGCAUCCCCUGAAGCAGAAGCAGCCUUCAGAUGAGGGAUUCCCGCUGCUAGUGGCGUCAGCGACGUUCGAGUGGUUGCUCGGCCUGUGCCUGGUGCUCUUCUUCUUCACCUUCGUUCGCGAGUUCCACAAGGUGACGCUGGAAGUGAAGGCCGACGUUCUCGUGGAGCACAUGGACGACGAGCCCAUCUUCCGCAAGUCACCCUUCAUGUCUGAGACCACUUACCUGCGUGCGCACGAGACGUGAAAGCAGAACUGGCAGAUGGUGUGGAUGAGGUGAACGCAAUUAUUUCCCCGUUGGACUCGGCCGAGGUUUUCAAUGUAUACGUAGCCCGUGGAUGUCUUUCCCAAGGUGAAAGGUGGAAGGAGCGUUUUUUUUUUUUAACCUUUAUGUGUUAAUUAAGAAGUUGAAACGAAACCAGAUUUGGCAAUUGUUUUUAAGGAAAA